AUGAAGCUUCUAAGAAUCCAUCUCAAUGCUUUGGCAUAUUCUAUGACAACCCUGGGGGCUGGAAUGAUGAAUACAGUCUUUAAUUUCUACUAUGUGAAGCUUUUCUUAAGUCAAUACAAGAUUUCAGAAGCUGCCUUUCACCAUGCCCAGGUAAUCUUCAUGAUUUGGAAUGCCUUUAAUGACCCUCUGUUUGGCUACCUUCAGGACAACUCCAAGGCUCCAUGCUGUUCAAGACGUCAGAUGGCCAUUUUAUAUGGAGCUCCAUUGUACGCCUUAGCCUUCUUGCUUCCGUGGUUCCCUUGGAAACAUUAUCAUGAAAAUGACUGGGUCAGCGGACUUCACCUGGUGAUAUCCUUAUGUGCCUUCGAUGGCAUGCUGACCUUUGUGCUUCUGGCUCAGUCUGCCCUGUUUGCAGAGAUUUCCACCAGACACGAAAGUCGGCUUCAGCUUAUUAAGUACAACCAGGUGGCAUCACUGGUUGGGUCUACCAGCAUCCUUUUUUGUGGCCUCUUCUCUGACAAUAUGGAAAACUUUCCUCAUUUCCAAACUUUCUCUCUUGUGGUAGCCCUCCUUUCCACUGCCUGCCUCUGUUAUACUGGCUUGUACAGCACAAGUCAAUAUGAACUUAAAGAAAGUCCGGGAGACAACACGAGCCCAGAGGGCAAAUCAGAGCUCUCCUGGUUCUCAGUCCUCUUGCUGACCAAGCAGAUUUUAACCCAGAAAAACUUCUUGCUUUUUUUGGCAAUGAACUUCUUCCAGGUCUUCAACGUAGCCUUCUUCAACAACUUCAUGAUGAUCUUUGCCGAUAAUCUCAUCCCUAAGGAUGCUCUUUCUUCCUCUGUGAGGAGUGUCAUGUAUGGGGCAGGGUUUAUUUGCCCUCAGUGCCUGGUGCUGAUCAGUCAUUCUUGGCUGAAGAAGUUCGGUUACUACAAGGUGAUCUUGUACUCCUUCUAUGUAGAAGGAGCAACAGCAGCUGUCAUGUUCAUCUUUGGGCAGGACCACUAUUACUUGUUGGCACUUUAUCUCACCAUUAACAUGGUCAUUGUUCAAGCUUCUUUUAGUUUAUUUAAUCUUCCUUUGGCCGACAUCAUUGAUGCCGAUUUACUGAAAUUCAAACGGAAGUCACCCCUUUCCUCAAUGGUUUUUGGGACCAAUGCUAUGUUUACGAAACCUGCACAGUCUUUGGCUCCUAUAGUCAUUGUCUCCGUGUUAAAUAAGUAUGGAUAUGAGCACCUGAACAACAAAGUCAUGCAGCCAGACCCAAGUUUGUUUUUAGGACUUCAUGAGACCAUGUUCUACCUGAUCUCUCUCGUUCCACUGGGCAUCGCAGUGAUUCAGAUUUUGGCUUGGACUCCCUUCUCAAUAAGAAAUAGUCACAAGGCAAACUGGAUAGUCACCCUAUAACAAAAGGCAUGAUGUCAUGGGACUAAAUUUUCAUGUGGUAUAGUUUUUUUGUCGUUGUCGUUGUUUUAUAUGGAGAAAACUACCACAGGUCAGAGCUGUUAAAAUCCAGUUCCCCAGGCUUUCUUAACUUGACUGAUCAGGAGGGUAAAUGCAGUUAAUCUUUAAAUUGGAAAGGUCCUCUUUGGUGGCUGUAGAAUUUCACUUUAAAGCUGUCAGUGUCUUACAGCCUCAGUGCAACCCAUACAGCUAGCUAGUUCUGUUUUCCGAUUAGCUAAUUGGGUGAUUUCCAUGGCAGUGGGUGGGGAAAGAGAGGGAGUUGUUCAGAGAAACACACCUGGCUGUCAGUAUAAGCCCAAUUAUCCUUAUAGGCUAAGAAUCUCUAAUCAUCUUUGGGUGGCUUCUGUGCACUGUACCCAAGGAGAUGCUGUGUUCUUGGUUCCCAAAGCCUUGCCCCAUCUUCUCUAAGACAGAAGUCUGAAACGGCACCUAAAGAGACCAAGUCUGCCUAAACUGCGAUGAUGAUCAGCCUUUUGGGGAUUUUCAUCUCUCCAUCUGACAGGCCUAUUGUAUAACCCUUAGCUGAAUGGCGGAAGAGAAUCCCUCAGCAGUGGAUAUGACAGCAGCAGCAACAGCUAGAGUUGCCACUUCUUUUCCCUUUAUCCUCUUCAGAGGCAGCAACACCAUGACUGAACUGGCUUUUCUGAGCCAAAGAUGGGAAUUUCCAGUGAAGCUGGAAAACCUCUAGCCAGUAAUACCAGAAACUCCCAUCCCUGGCCUGGAAGGGCUGGUUCUUGUGAAGUAGGCAGGGGCAGUAACUGUCGUCAGGCUCCCAUGGCGGCCACCUGGCCUGAUCAGCAAGGCUCUCUGGGCUGUACUCUGGGCAGGUGCAUUAGGAACCACUUGUUUCCGGGGGCCUUCCUCCUGCUGCCACUCCUCGCGACCUGUCUAGGAAUCCCCGAAUAGUGACAGGAAGCCCUGCUGACAGGACUCAGGUAGCAGCAGUGGUAAUCUCUCUUUGGUUUAUGUUUAUUUGUGUAUGUGUCUCAGUCUGUGUGUAACCCUGGUCCCGUCACCCAUGUUCCACUCUUUAUUUUUCUCAUUCCUUACUGUCCUCCCUGGUUCCUCUCAGUGUUUCUUCCUGUGUGAUUUUUGCCUUCUCCUUUCUCUGUUACCCCUUUCAUUUCCCCUUCUGCCCCUCUCUCCCUUCCUCACAGCCAUUCUUCUUCCUCCCAGUCUCCUUCUCCCAUCUCCUUCCCCCCCACCCUCACCCUUGUCUCUCUGUACCUCUAGUUCUCCAUAUUUCUGUCUUUCCUGCUUUUUCAGCACAUUGGCUGCCCACAGUGAGCUCACAUCAAGUUUUGAUAUUUUCUUAAUUUACAUUCAAACCAACUGAACAGAGACCAUGUCUGACUGUUCUGAAUAGCACCUUGCACAUUGAUACUUCUCAAGAUCCUUUCAUAUUCUCCACCUUCCCAUUGAUGAAAUGCUGCUGCCUCCGAAUCCCAGGGCCUAUUGAGGGUCUUCGGUGCCCUUGAUAUGGUUAUCUAUCCUUCACCCUACCCUACUACAGUUAAGUACUUUUCAUUUUCUGCUCUUCACUUUCCCUGACUUCUCCCAUCCUGUUGUUCAAAGGCCCAGGUACCCAGGGAUAUUUUCUAGAACCACACAGCAUCCUGUGACUCUUGCAGCUAUGGUCCCAG